AAUCCAUCUCGGGAAAAGAGUGUAGUUCCUGCCGUUGGUCGGUUCUUAUUAUUGAUACCUUGUGCUCGGUUCGGAAUGACAUAUAGUCCAAGCGUUAUAUCGAUGAGUUGAUGUCUUCAUCGUUUAAGAGUGGGGUAUCGACGUCUCUCGCAUUGUCGCGUGGUCUGAUUAGUUGCCCUUCGCUUCUUAGACAGGUGUUCAGCACCAACGGCAGCGGUAGUACCAGCACCUUUGCCUUUGGGCUCGGGAGGGGGGGCUUAAACCACUCCGCCGUGGGCUGCGGGACGGGUACUUUGUUGACGUCGAGCCAUUCGCCCUGUUCGAUAGGGCGCUCUUUGACGUAUUUGUCGUACAGAUCAAGAUUGUUGGGAAUCCAGUGUCCCUUUUUCACCGCUUCCGUGUGUAUCUGCAGUCCAACGACUGCUCCGUGGGGCCACUUGAUUUGCAUCCUGUCCUGCUUGGUUAGAACCGGUAAAGUUAAAUACGCCGGUUUGGUUAUUAUUGCCGCCUCCGAAUGGCAGAGUAAAAGACAUUGUAGUAAUAGGUAUUGGGAAUCUAGGGUAUUGCAUUGUUGGCCCGAAGGCUUUGCUCGAAGUGGAGCUACCAAUUGUAAGACUUGA